AUGUCCAGGAUGACCCGUGAACUACGUGACCUGCUGGACCCGAUGGAGUCCCUCCAAAUGUUUGACGUCACGAUUGAGGGCGGGGGCACGUACGCGACGCUGCAGGCUGAGGACAAGAAGUCCCUCCUGGAUGACGACACCGAGUUCACGAACCCCUGCCUCGAUUUCGCGUGCAUGUAUGUGUGUCGUGAUGUCAUUUUCGCGUUUCGCGGCCGUGGUAACGUUCCGGGCUCCGAACACGGAUCUCAUGGGAGGGCUCGCGUGGAGGGAAGCGAGCGAGAGGGUGGCGGGAGCGGAAGGGAUGCCGCGGCCGCCGCGGAUAAUGUCGUCGCUGGACCAGUCGGCGGUGGUCCUGUCGUGGGGGCUGAGGCCGCUUCGGGUGGUGGUGAAGGGGCGGAAAAGGUGGCGGAACCUGCUCCCGCUGUCCCCGGCCCUUCCCGCGUUGCAACUCCAACUCCGGUAGAGGCUCCUCGUUCGUUCGACGAUCUGGUGGCGUGGCCGGUCGACUCGCUUGCGCGGGAGGUGCUUCGACUCGAUGCCGCGAUUGGAGACACGCGCAAACAGCUGAAAUGGGCGAACACGCACGUCUCGAACCAGCGAAAGCGCGUUCGUGAGCUGUCCGAUUCACUCGACGAACUCAUAGACAAGAUGAAAUCCCUGUGGUCGAAGUCGAUGCAAUCUGGAAAGGGGCUGGAUGACAUGGAGCAGCGUUAUGGCAACGAGAUUGCGGAAUGCGUGAAGGAGUUGAGGAAGGAGCAUGCCUCCGCGUCCGCGCAGCGAGAGUCCAAUGAGAGAGCGAUUCGCCGCCUGGAGGAAACCGUGUCCGGCCUGAGGGAGUUCUUCGCCUCUGCAAUCGCGGAGGUGACUGAAAAGACGCGGCAGGAGGCGUGGGCGAAAUUCGUGGGGAUCGAGUCAGUCGUGACAGCCGCAGCCGAGCGCGGAGCUCUUGCUGCGCUAGCACUUUAUGGUGGCGCCCGUCAUCCGGCUGAGCAUCGACCGAGUUUCGCAGCCGGACCCAGUUUCGCAGCCGGACCCAGUUUCGCAGCUGGACCCAGUUUCGCUGGCGGACCAAAUUUCGCAACCGGACCUGGUUUCGCGGGCGGACCAAGUUUCGCACCCGCGCUUUCGAACCCGCCCCCCUCCCCUCCCAUGACGAAGAAGCAGAAGCUACCACCAUCAGACGCUGUGCCGUUCGCUGUCGCAGGUCUUCCUUCUGCAAUGGUUCGCGCGUCUUCACCCCUACACGUUUCGGGAGGUGAGAAUGUGGCGCAGCCGGACGUGACCGCGAAAGGGACCGCGGCUGCGAAACGGGACGCGGCUGCAAAAGGGAACGUGGCUGCGAAAGGGGACGUGACCGCGAAAGGUGUCGGGGGAGGAAACGAAGACGCGACCACGAAAGGAGACGCGGAUGGUGCGCGAGCUCCUGUGGACGAGACCGCGUGCUCUGCCGCGUCUGGAUUGGAGGUCGCGGAGGAUGAGCCGUCAGGACGCGUGAAAGGUGUUGGUGGGCCGAUCGCCGGAGCCGUGGCAUUCGCCUGUGCAGCCGUGUGGACGUGGUGCAAAGGUCCGGCUGGUGUGGACUCAGCACAGGCCGUGAAGGAGGGGAAGGCUGCGGCGAAGCUGGCUGGGGCGACCCAAGUCAACGUGGCGGGAUGCGAACUGGUGUGGGAGCGCAUGUUGGCCGCACUUAAGACACGCGCGAAGACCACCACCACCCCUCCAACAGGCGAAGACAUGGAGCAGCUGGUGAACAACUCUUUCACGGAGGGCCCGGAUGCGAACCUCAAGACGAUAAUUUCCGAAAUGGUCGACGUCGUCGCUACCUGGAACCACGAGCCGGGGGCGAAGGCUCAGAUGACACAGCUGGGGUUGUGUGUGCUGUGCAGCACGGAGCGCGUGAAGGCGAAGAACCGGGAAUCAGUUCGUCCACGCCCGAAACGGGCAUCACCUGCUCCUGCGCGUGAAGAGGGCGGGGAAGAAGUUGUCGAGUUACAGGAUGACUAA